AUGUGUUAUGAUGAUCAAGUAUCAAGAAGAGUUACAGUAUCAAGAAGAGUUACAGUAUCAAGAAGAGUUACAGUCUCAAAAAGAGUUACAAUAUCAAGAAGAGUUACAGUAUCGAGAAGAGUUACAGUAUCAAAAAGAGUUACAGUAUCAAGAAGAGUUACAGUGUCAAGAAGAGUUACAGUCUCAAAAAGAGUUACAGUAUCAAGAAGAGUUACAGUAUCAAGAAGAGUUACGGUAUCAAGAAGAGUUACACAAUCAAGAAGAGUUACACAAUCAAGAAGAGUUACACAAUCAAGAAGAGUUACAGUAUCAAGAAGAGUUACAGUAUCAAGAAGAGUUACAGUAUCAAGAAGAGUUACAGUAUCAAGAAGAGUUACAGUUUCAAGAAGAGUUACAGUAUCAAGAAGAGUUACAGUAUCAAAAAGAGUUACAGUAUCAAGAAGAGUUACAGUAUCAAGAAGAGUUACAGUCUCAAAAAGAGUUACAGUAACAAGAAGAGUUACAGUAUCAAGAAGAGUUACAGUAUCAAGAAGAGUUAUACAAUCAAGAAGAGUUACAGAAUCAAGAAGAGUUGCAGAAUCAAGAAGAGUUACAGUAUCAAGAAGAGUUAUAGUAUCAAGAAGAGUUACAGUAUCAAGAAGAGUUACAGUAUCAAGAAGAGUUACAGUAUUAAGAAGAGUUACAGUAUCAAGAAGAGUUGCAGUAUCAAGAAGUUACAGUCUUAAGAAGAGUUACAUUCUCAAGAAGAGUUACAGCAUCAAGAAGAGUUCCAGUAUCAAGAAGAGUUACAGAAUCAAGAAGAGUUACAGUAUCAAGAAGAGUUACAGAAUCAAGAAGAAUUACAGUAUCAAGAAGAGUUACAGUAUCAAGAAGAGUUACAGUAUCAGAAGAGUUACAGAAUCAAGAAGAGUUACUGUAUCAAGAAGAGUUACAGUAUCAAGAAGAGUUACAGUAUCAAGAAGAGUUACAGUAUCAAGAAGAGUUACAGAAUCAAGAAGAGUUACAGUAUCAAGAAGAGUUACAGAAUCAAGAAGAGUUACAGUAUCAAGAAGAGUUACAGUAUCAAGAAGAGUUACAGUAUCAAGAAGAGUUACAGAAUCAAGAAGAGUUACAAUAUCAAGAAGAGUCAUAGUAUCAAGAAGAGUUACAGUAUCAAGAAGAGUUACUGUAUCAAGAAGAGUUACAGUAUCAAGAAGAGUUACAGUAUCAAGAAGAGUUACAGUAUCAAGAAGAGUUACAGUCUCAAAAAGAGUUACAAUAUCAAGAAGAGUUACAGUAUCGAAAAGAGUUACAGUAUCAAAAAGAGUUACAGUAUCAAGAAGAGUUACAGUGUCAAGAAGAGUUACAGUCUCAAAAAGAGUUACAAUACCAAGAAGAGUUACAGUAUCAAGAAGAGUUACGGUAUCAAGAAGAGUUACACAAUCAAGAAGAGUUACACAAUCAAGAAGAGUUACACAAUCAAGAAGAGUUACAGUAUCAAGAAGAGUUACAGUAUCAAGAAGAGUUACAGUAUCAAGAAGAGUUACAGUAUCAAGAAGAGUUACAGUUUCAAGAAGAGUUACAGUAUCAAGAAGAGUUACAGUAUCAAAAAGAGUUACAGUAUCAAGAAGAGUUACAGCAUCAAGAAGAGUUACAGUCUCAAAAAGAGUUACAGUAACAAGAAGAGUUACAGUAUCAAGAAGAGUUACAGUAUCAAGAAGAGUUAUACAAUCAAGAAGAGUUACAGAAUCAAGAAGAGUUGCAGAAUCAAGAAGAGUUACAGUAUCAAGAAGAGUUAUAGUAUCAAGAAGAGUUACAGUAUCAAGAAGAGUUACAGUAUCAAGAAGAGUUACAGUAUUAAGAAGAGUUACAGUAUCAAGAAGAGUUGCAGUAUCAAGAAGUUACAGUCUUAAGAAGAGUUACAUUCUCAAGAAGAGUUACAGCAUCAAGAAGAGUUACAGUAUCAAGAAGAGUUACAGAAUCAAGAAGAGUUACAGUAUCAAGAAGAGUUACAGAAUCAAGAAGAAUUACAGUAUCAAGAAGAGUUACAGUAUCAAGAAGAGUUACAGUAUCAAGAAGAGUUACAGAAUCAAGAAG